CCUCCCCCUCGCCGCAGAUGAGCAGACAGGGCCAAGGGUACUCCUACGGCCCUCCGCAGCACGACCAACACCACUACCCGCAGCAGCCGCACGACCCUUACGCCCCCUCGCCUGCAACCUCGUCCUCGGCCCACCACCCUCAGCAGCACCCUCAGCAGCAGCAGCAGCAGUACUACGGCGCGCCGUACCAGGAGCACCACGGCCACUCGCUGAGUACCGUCAGCGAGAAGGACGAGCCCCUGUCGUCGCCCGAGAUGAGCCGCAACGACCGCGGCUUCGACGACCCCGGCGCCGACUCGUCGUCGUACGGCCACCUCCACGAGCAGCAGCAGCAGCAGGGCCAAUUCGAGGCGCCGUACUACCCCGGCUGGGUCUACAACCCGCACACCAACUCGUACGACCCUGACCCCAACUACAACCCGGACGAGGCCGCGCAGGGCCAGCAGGACGACACCGCCCAGCAGCACGAGUACGGUCACGACCAACACCAGCAGCAGCAGCAGGACCAGUACGAGGACAACGGCUACGGCGCGUUCGCCGACGACGGCUACGGCGCGUACGCCCAGCAAGACUACGGCGACUACAACGCCGGCGGCGGCGGCGGCGAGUACGGCGCGCAGGCGGGCGACCAGGACCAGAACCAGCAUCAGCACCAGUCGGCCCCGUCGCAGCAAGACGACGUCGACCCGUACGCCAACGACCCGUACGCCUCGGACCCGUACGCCGACGACGGCUACGGCGCGUUCACCUCGGACGGCUACGCCGCUCCCGAGCCGUCGUCGCAGCCGCAGCAGGAGCCGCAGCAGAACGACUACUCGUCGGGCCACGGCUACUCGGGUGACAGCUACGCGCCCGACGCGUACGGCGGCGAGGGCGCGUACGGCGGCGAGGACGAGUACGGCGCGAGCCAGGAGCCGUUCGGGGCGCCGACGCCGCGCGCCGACGACUCGUACGCGCCGAGCGGGUGGGACCAGCCGCAGCACGACUCGUACGGUCAGCAGCAGCAGCAGCAGCAGGCCUACGACCCGUACGCGCCGCCGCCGCCCGCCUCGUCCGCCCCUGCACCUGCCCCGGCGCCUCGUGCGGCCGCAGCUCCACCUCCUGCCCGUGCCGCGUACUCGCCGCCGCUCGCGCAGCAGCAGUACAGCUCGUUCUCGUCGUUCGGUCAGUCGGCCGACACCGAGCCGCCGCACGACCCGUACGCGCCGACGCGAGGCGCGCCGCAGCAGCAGCGCCGACAGCAGCCGGCGUACGACCCGUACGCGUCGCCGACGCUGCAGAAGGCCGACUCGUUUGACCCGUACUCGUCGACGCGGUCGCCGCCCGUCCAGGCGCAGCAGCUCCCGCAAGCGCACCAGGGCGUCGCGCCUCCCUCGCGCACGACGGCCCUGUCGCCCCCGCCUCGGUCGUCGUCGGCGGCGAGCAACACGUCGUCGAGGCAGCAGCAGCAGCAGCAGCAGCCGGCGCCCGCCGCUGCCCCGCCUCCUCGCGCGACGCCUGCCGCCGCCGCCGCCGCCGCCGCGCCGCCGCCCAGGCGCAACAACGUCCCGCCGCCGCUCCAGGCGACGCCCGCUCGCGCCCAGGUCGAGGCGGCCGCGCCGUCGCCCAAGCAGACGACGCCGUCGCAGAUGGCGUCGCCGCGCACCGAGGCGGCCGUCGCGCUCGCUUCGCCACCGCCGCGCUCGAGGCCUCUGCCCGCGUCGGCGCAGAAGCAGGCGCCGCCGCCUCGGCAGCAGCCGUCGGCCGGCGCGGCGUACGACGUCCCGCCGCCGAGGAACGCUCCGCCUCCUCAGCGGGCGCAGCAGCCUCAGCAGGCGCCUCGGCAGGUGCACGACGAGCCUCGUGCAGCUCGCGCGCCCGCCGCCGCCGAGCGGCCUGUCGCGGGCCAGCCGCAGGACUACGAGCCAGAGCAGCGCCGCCAGCCGCCGCAGCGCAAGCCUGCCCCGGCCGUCGAGCCCGCACCCGCGCCCGCACCUGCGCCCGUGCCCUUGCCGACGCCCAAGCGUGCCCCUGCGGCGGCAGCGUCGCCGUACGCCGCCCCGCCGCCGGCGCAGCCGGUCCUCCCACCGUCGCAGCGCAAGGGCGGUCCCGACUCGGCGUCGGUCCUGCGCCCUCCCGUCGCCCGUGCGCCGCACCAGCGCGGCGCGUCGGCGUUCGGGAGCGACUCGCCGUACGGCGCGCUGCCGUCGGGCCCGCCGACGAGCUCGUACGAGCCGCCCAAGACGGUCGAGGACCAGAUCAAGGAGGAGGACGAGGAGGACGAGCUGCCGCAGGCCGAGGCCGGUCAGGGCGACGAGGCGCAGGAGCACGUGCCGAGCUGGAUGCAGGCGACAACGCCGACGACUGCGAGGCCGCCGUUCUACCCCAAGACCGAGCCCGAGGAGCCCGUCAUGCCCAAGCAGGAGGAGCACGACCAGCGUGGCCCGCCGCCGCCGCAGCGCGGCCACCCGUCGGCCCGCACGGCGCCCCCGCCGUCGCGCCGCAGCGAGCCCGACCUCGCCGACGACCUCGCCGCCAUGUCGCUCGGCGGUAACCGCGACGCGCGGUCGCAGGGCCCGCCGCCGCAGCGUCAGGGCGCCGGCCCUGCCCCGCAGCGUCCUCAGCAGCAGCAGCAGGGCGGCGCUCCACCGCCUCGCUCGGGCGGCGCCGGGCCACCGCCGCGAGGGCCUGGAGGUGCGCCGCCGCCAGCAAAGGGGCAGGCGCCGCCUGCUCGUGCCGGGCCGCCACCUCGCGGCCAGCCGGGUCAGCCGCCGGCCGCCCAAGCUCGCCCUCCUCUGCAGCAGCAGCCUCCUCGCGCUCAGCAGCCACCGCCACAGCAGCAGCAGCAGCAGCGCGGGCCUGCGCCGCCUCGCAACGGCAUCCCUGCCCACAUGCAGCCGCCGGCGUCGCCGGACCGAGGCGGCCAGGUCCCGCAGCUCCAGUUCCAGGCGCCGAGCCCCGAGGUGCGGCCCUCGGACCGCCGCCACGACCCGUACGCGUACGCCGGCGGGCGCUCGUCGCCCAUGCCGAUGGCCGGCAUCGAGGAGACGCCCGAGCCGUCCGAGCAUGAGGACUCGUACGGCGCCGGGUCGCCCUCGGACGAGCACGCGACGACGGCGACGACCACGACGCAGGCGGGCGACAGCCAGUUCGGCGGCGACGACUCGAUCGUGUACCACCCGCACGACGACGACCAGACGGGCCUGACGACGCCGAGCUCGCAGUACGGCGGCGAGUGGCGCGCCGCCGGGUACGACUACAUCUCGUCGGGCUACCAGCCUCGGCCGCCUCAGCAGCAGCAGCAGCAGCAGCACGACCCGUACGCGCCGCAGAGCCAGCAGCGCAGCAGCCCGUACGCGCCGCCGCCAUCGAACCAGUACCGCCCUCGCGACGUGUCCUCGCGCGAGUCGACGUCCACGCCACCUGCGCCCCAACAGCGCGGUGCGCCCUCGUCGGGCUACGCGCCGUCGCCUCGCAACGCUGCUCCUUCGCAGCCCCCUGCAGCGUCGUCGAUGGCUCGAGCCAACUCGUACGACGCGCCGCCGAGCCGGCCCGUCGACUCGUUCUCGCCCUACGCCCAGCCCCCUCCACCUGCUCGCGAGCAGCAGCAGCAGCAGCAGCCGUACAACCCGUACGCGCCGCAGCAAGCCGCUGCGCCCGUCUCGCGCCCCGGAUCCACCCCGGCCGCUCCUCCCGUCGACCUCGGCCUCGAGCGCCGGACGGCCCCGAUCGCCUCGUUCGGCUUUGGCGGCAAGCUCGUCCUCGUGUUCCCCAACGGCGGCCGGCCAUCGUACGGCAUGGACAGCUCGAACCCGUACGGCGUCGUCGCGCCGGCCGGAUCCUCGUCGUCGUCCUCGUCGUCGUCGCCCACGACCGUCCACAUCCGCAAGCUCGCCGACGUCGUGCCGUUGUCGGCCACCGAGGGCGCCUCGUCGACGUUCCCGGGCCCCAUCUUUGCCGACGGCGGCAAGGCCAACGCGGGCAAGAAGCGCAAGGAGGCCGUCGCGUGGCUGUCGCAGCGCAUCGGCGAGCUCGAGCAGGAGGCGCACUAUGCGCGAGGCGCGGCGCCGCUCGGGCACGGCGACGACGACGGCGCGCAGGACGCGCAGCGCAAGGUCGAGACCCGCCUGCUACUCGUCAAGCUCGUGCGCAUCAUGCUCGAGAACGAGGGCAAGCUCGUUGGCUCGGCAACCGUCGAUGACGCCGUCCGGGCCCUGUUCGCUCCGGCCGACGGCGAUGAAAGCGGCACGCUGCCGACCGCCGACCAGCUCGCCGCCGCCGCCGCCUCGCGAGGAGGCUCGGCCGGCUCGGACGCGCCGUUCGUCACGUACGGCGUCAGCGCGAGCAACCUCGACGACAUGUCCAAGUUCCUCCUGCGCGGCGAGCGGCGCGAGGCGGUCGCGUACGCCCUCGACAACAAGAUGUGGGCGCACGCGUUCAUCAUCGCGAGCUGCGUCGACACCGACUGCUGGAAGGACGUCACGACCGAGUUCCUGCGGUCCGAGUUGUCGCCCGAGGGCGCAGGGCCCGGCGCAGAAGGUCGCGAGGCGCUCCGGGUCGCGUACGGCAUGUUUGCCGGCCUCGGGUCCGAGUCGAUCCACCAGUUCAUCCCGCCUCGAGCGCUCGGGCCGCCGACGCCCGGCCUGCUCCCGGCGGCUCCUGUCGGCAACGGCGCCGCAUCAGUGCCGCUCUCGCGCGUCCCGAGCGACGCUGCGGCCAAGUUGCCCGAGCACACGCUCGCCAAGUGGCAGGAGACGGUCGGCAUGAUUGUCGCCAACCGCACCGCCGGCGACUCGGGCGCGCUCACGUCGCUCGGUGACGCUCUCGCCAGCAACGGGUGGACCGACGCCGCCCACAUCUGCUACCUCCUGUCGCCGCAGACGUCCCUGUCGAUGGGCUUUGGCCUGCCCGGCUCGCGCAUCACCCUCGUCGGCUCGAACUCGUCGACCGUCGGCGGCAGCAUCGAGCUCGAGAGCGUCCAGCUCACCGAGCUCGUCGAGUUUGCCCUGUCGCUCGUCCCGGUCGCCAAGGGCCACGAGCCGUUCGCCGGGUUCCCGCACCUGCAGGCCUUCCGCCUGUACCACGCUGCGGCGCUCGCCGACGCCGGUCACGCCUCGCAGGCCCACAAGUACACCGAGGCCAUCGUCAACACGCUCAAGCUCGCGACCAAGCCGUCGCCGUUCUACCACCCACGCCUCGUCGCCCAGAUCAAGGCCCUGUCGGAGCGCCUCGGCGCGUCGCACAACGCCAAGGAGGGCGGCUCGUGGAUCGCCCGCAAGGUGCCCCGGCCGACCGUCAACUCGCUCUGGUCCACCUUCGAGGGCGGGUUCAACAAGUUUGUCGCCGGCGACGACGAGCCGAGCGCCCAGCAGCUCGCGGCCAAGGCCGAGGUGCAGAAGGCGACGAACGGCCAGGCCGUCGGUGCCUUCUCGCACUUUAGCUCGAUCGCGCCAGGGUCCAACUCGGGCACACUGUCGCGCACCCAGUCGUCGACCGACCUCGCCGGUUCCAACUUCCUCCACGCCAACCCGCCGGCGCGUCCUCUCUCGGCGCAGCGUGCGAGCUCGCCUCUCGCGGCGCCGCCGUACCACCAGCCGCCGCCGUCGCAGCACCAGCCGCAUCAGCAGCAGCACCACCUGUCGCCGGGCCCGCCGCCCGUCAAGCGCGCGCCAUUCAAGACGCACCAUGCGCGGUCGUCGUCGCUCGGCGCGUUCGCCGGGUACGACUACAACCCGACCGCGCCGCCGCCGUCCUGGCUUGCGACACCGCCCUCGGCCAAGCGUGGCGGCGGCGGUGGCGGCGACAGCGACGAGCGCUCGUCCGAUGUGCCGCGCAUCGCCGAGACUUUUACCGACUCGCCGCAGCGGCGAGAGCGCGAGCGCGACCGCGACGGCGCACCGGCGUCGGCUCGUCGGCCGCAGUUUGCCGCCGUCGACGAGCACCUGCACGAGGACGAGUCGGGCUUCAUCUCGCCCAUGGCGCACCUCACGCCGUCCGUCUCGCCGGCGCCGCACUCGUCGAGCAGCCGCACCCAGCAGCAGCAGCAGCAGCAGACGCACCGCCGCAUGACGACCAACGAGGAGCUCGCCGACCUCGGCCUCGGCAACGCCAAGUCGAAGAAGCCCGCGUUCGACCCUCUCGACGAGGAGCUCGAGGCCGAGGAGGGCGGCUCGACGCCGACCAAGGAGCGCCCGGGCGAGUCGGGCGGCGCUGCUGGUUCGUCGUCGACGACGGGCACCGACUCGAAGCCUGGCCCUGGACACGACGACAAGCCCUCGAUCAAGCCGUCCAAGAGCUGGCUCGGCGGGUGGUUCAAGCGCGAGCCGAGUCCGGCCAACGGCCCGGGCCCAGUGCGGGCCAACCUCGGCGAGAAGACGAGCCUGUACUACGACGAGAAGGCCAAGCGGUGGAUCAACAAGGGCGACAAGGUCGAGGCGCCACCGACGAUCGUGCCGCCUCCUCGUGCCGCCACGGCAUCGCCGAGCAAGGCCCUGCGCAACAGCAACUCGAGCCGGUUCGGCGCAGGCGGCGGCGACAACAUCCCGCCCGUCCCGUCGAUGCCGCCCCGCUCUCAGACCACGGGCCCGCCUCCUCUCUCGCGUUCAGCAACGAGCGCCGACUUGCGCAGCGACUCGCGCCCGCCGAGUCGGUCAGGCGGUGCGACGCCGGUCGAGGGUGGCGCGCGAGCAGGUCGGCGCAACAAGCCCAAGUACGUCGUCGUCGCGCCGUAGAGAAGCCUUUCGCAACUCGAUACACUCUUGGUCCGUC